CUGGCUGAGGCGGAGGAUGAAGCAGGCGCUGGUGGACGACACCGAGGAUGUCUCUCUCGAUUUCGGAAACGAGGAAGAGCUGGCCCUGCGGAAAGCAAAGAUCAGGCACCCACUGGCCACCUUUUUCCACCUAUUUUUCCGAGUGAGUGCUAUUAUUACCUACUUGUUCUGUGACUGGUUCAGCAACAGCUUUGUUGCCUGUUUUGUCACUAUUCUCCUCCUUCUAUCCUUUGACUUUUGGUCAGUUAAGAAUGUGACAGGAAGACUCUUGGUUGGUUUGCGUUGGUGGAACCAGAUUGAUGAAGAUGGAAAAAGUCAUUGGGUGUUUGAAGCAAAAAGGGUAAGCCUGUCUUCGCAAAACUCUGCCCCAACUGAAGCUGAAGCUCGAAUCUUUUGGCUUGGGCUCAUUAUCUGCCCAGUUAUUUGGACAGUGUUUUUCUUUAGCAGCUUGUUCUCCUUGAAGCUGAAAUGGCUGGCCCUUGUGAUAGCUGGGAUCUCACUUCAGACUGCUAAUUUAUAUGGCUACAUCCACUGCAAAUUAGGGGGAUCAAAGAGCACCAGCAGAGCAGCUUCAAGGUUUUUUGUCACAGAUGUUCCCAAGAAUUCUCACAUACUAGGUUAUGCCAACACCCACGCUUCCUAUGCUCAUCCAGGACAGACAGCAACUUCAGAAGAGCGCACUGAAGAACACGGGAAGAAAGGCACUAGUCAGCUAAGGAAGAACUGAAAGGACGAGCAGUAAAAAUCAUUUAUGAAAGCUGUUCUUCACAUCAAGAUCUUUAAGUAAUAUGCUACUAAUUAACACCUGCAUGAUAUAUUAAAGAUUUUAUGUCAUUUG